AUGUAUGACUAUUUACUCUUCCUUUCUUUCUUUCUAAAAUUGAACCUUCCUUUCUUUCUAGAAUUUAACCUUCCUUCCUUUCUUUCUAAAAUUUACCCUUUCUUUCUUCCUUUCUUACUAAAAUUUAACCUUCCUUUCUUUUUUCUAAAAUCUAACCAGCCUUCCUUUCUUUCUAAAAUUUACCCUUUCUUUCUUCCUUUCUUACUAAAAUUUAACCUUCCUUUCUUUUUUCUAAAAUCUAACCAGCCUUCCUUUCUUUCUAAAAUUUACCCUUUCUUUCUUCCUUUCUUUCUAAGAUUUUACCUUCUUUUAAAUUUGCCCUUCCUUUUCUCAUUUCUUUCUUUCUUCCCUAAGCUUCAACCUUCCUUUCUUUUUAAGCUUCAACCUUCCUUUCUUUUUAAGAUUCAGCCUUCCUUUCUUUUUAAGCUUCAACCUUCCUUUCUUUUUAAGCUUCAACCUUCCUUUCUUUUUAAGCUUCAGCCUUCCUUUCUUUUUAAGCUUCAACCUUCCUUUCUUUUUAAGAUUCAACGAUUCUUUUUUUUUUUUCAAAAAUUUAUCCUUACUUUCUUUCUAAAAUUUAUCCUUUCUUCAAAUUUAUCCUUACUUCCCUUCUAA